AUGUCCUCUGACCGGCACUCCCCCCCGCUACCUUCUCCGGUUGCCACGGACAGGCGUCGCGCUUCGAUUACAGGCCAGACAUUUCAGGACCUCUUUGGCCGCCAGAACAGCAUUGGAGGGCAGCAGAAUGGCACAUCUCCGUAUCCAGGCCCAAUUACGACAGCCGCCGUCAAUGCCCAACGACGCCGUCUGUCCCUCACCACCAUCGGCCUAUCGGCCUCGCCAAACCAGUCGUCCCCCUUCCAGAGCGCCCGGCCGCGCACCGAGAGCCUGUCCAGCGCCAAUUCUGGCUCAGUGGACGAGAGCCCCUUUGAGGACGAUCUGGCUCCAUCUGCGUCCAGCGCCAGUAGCAACCCCACCACCCCCUUCGCUCGCCGGCUGAGCUUCGGAGCACGCGCACUGCGGGAUGUCAGGCAGAGCAAUGGGAACAUUGGGAACGCCAAUGGUAGACCCUCCAUCCAUAAAGCCUCCUCACCCCCGACUGCCAGAAGUCGAGGUCUGUCUUCAUCCGCGUCAUCGUUCCCAUCCCCAUUGCCGAUUCUCGUCCCUGCCGCAACUUCUACUUCUUCUGAGCGUUCCGCGUCUGCUUCAGCUCCCACAUCUGUUUUUCCGCAUGUCCUUGCAGAGCAUUUCAAGAACCAUCCCGACCAAGAUUUAGAUCAGCAUGAACUGACGUCUUUACUCUUUCAUACAGGCGAAGGCUACAACGUUGCAGAGAACCUCCGCUCCCGCGCCCAGCGCUCGUCGGUCUCUACUGCCCACCCUCUGCACAGCAGUCCGCAGGCUCCACCACACCAACGUGCUAAGAGCGUUACUGUCAUGGAGCCUCCGGCUCGGGAGAUGCCCAAAGCAGCCAAAGUGCCAGACGCCUUCCAGGAACGGAUCCUAAAGGGUGAUUUCUACAUGGACUAA